UAUCGCUUAGUUCGCCCUUCCAGUUCUGAGUAAGCGUUAGCUCAGUUUGUCCUCGCUGUUAGCAAGCGGGGGCUAACGUGGUUAAGCAUGUUAGCUCUGAACAGUAACUGGAUUCGUAAAUGUUCGUUUCGUCGACAUGUCAGCGGAAUAGUCGCAAUGCUGUGUGAAGCGAAACUGGACACGCCGCACCAGCAUCAAAACCUCAGAAAAUCUACAGAAAGGCCGGUUGGACUGCUGUCAGCAGCCGCUAACUUCCACACAUCAGCGCUUCAGCGCCGGAAUUUACUGACGAAGAUGCUCUUCAGAAAGAAGAAGAAAAGGUGGUAUGAAACUCCUCCGCUGAGGCAGCCUUUACCCACUGCUCAGUCUGGCUUCCUGACUCCAGUCAAGAAGAAAAACCAAGAGGACAGUCAGCGAGUGCGGACACUGAACAUUAUCGUCUAUAAGGCUGUUUUGGACCUGCUGGCCUCUCAUGAGGUCAAUGCUGAGAUCCCCAGUUAUAGUGUGGAGAUUACUAAAGUUUCGUUCACAGCAGAUUUCUCUUCUUGUCGAAUCUACUGGAAGACGAGUUGGUCUGCUGAUGGAGACAACCAGAUCCAGCAUGCUCUGGACAGGAGUGCCCCUCGUAUACGAUACCUUCUCAUGUCUCUACAAAUUUUGAGCAAUGUUCCCCCUUUAGUUUUCGUCCGAGAUAAAAAAUAUGCUGCCCUGCAAGAGGUUGAAAACCUUCUCGAGAUUGCAGACUAUGGGCCAAGUGAAGACUCAGGAAAUCUGUCUCUUGGUGGAAAAGACUCUGAUGUGAAUGAAGACCAACCCUUUAAGUCAAGACUGCAUUCUGUGGAACCUCUGGACAAGAAGAGACCUUUGUGGUUUGGCAUUGAUCAUGACGCCCUGCAUAAACAGAUUGAAGACUAUAAACAACGGUCCAGAGACACUCAUCCAGAAAGCGCCAGCUCUGCAGGGCUAACUCAGGAACAGCUAGACAUGUUAGUACAGAUCCGGAAGCAGAAGCUCAUGGAGAAGCAGAAACGUAAAUCGAAGAGGUUGACAGAUGACGAUAUUACCCCUAAAGCGUUUCUGCUCGCAAGGCAACUUCAGAAGGAGGAGCAGGAGGACGAGCGUAGCAGUGAACAUGCCUUAGAGGACAGCCAGGUUUCAGAACUGAGGACAGAGUACAAGAAGAAGAACUGAAAGAAAAAGGAAAGAGCUGAACGUGACUUCAUAUCUCUGCUCUGCACUGAUAUCCAGGCAACUGUUGUGUCUAAAUUAUUGUGAUCCUAUUCCGAGACAGAACAAGUAUCGUUAUAUUGUCUUGUGGAGAUUUGAGCAUAUUACAGAUCAGUUAAAUUCCCCUUUCCAUCUAGUAUGUGACGAGAAAAUUAUUAAAGAAAAAGAAUUCAGGA